AUGGAUUUGCAGAAUUACGAUGACCAAAGCGUUGAUUCCGUCCCAUCAUCAACCGGAGAUUUUCAAUAUACAACCGCUUACAAGGCUACACCAUUCUUUCCUGAUUCAGAAGUCCAUGCCGUGGAGGUGCAGCCACUCCAGGAAAGGUUCACCGGCAUGCACACUGCCGAGAAUGAGCUGUUUCGCGUGGAGAUGCCUGUAUCAGGCGAAAAACUAGUUGGGGAUAGAGUUGUAAGUGGUCUAGCGGUUGAUGAAGCAGGACGGCAGUACCAGGCUCACGGGCCGGCGCCAUCGCUCAUGCCGGUUCCCGGACUCACCCCGCUGUGCGAGACAUAUAACAAUCCUGCCAUGUCACUCGAAGUGGCUAGGCCUAUGAGCUUGUUGCUGAAAGGCCAUGAGUGCAAUGUUGCCAAAGUGACUGCAUUUGUUCGCCUCGGCAGUGCUUCAGCUGCAGGAAUCAUUUUCCGAGCCAACAGUCAAGAAGAUUACGUUUCAGCAGUGCUGGAUACUGAUAAAAGAGUUGCAAGCCUUCAACUCAAGAAGGGUGGUGUGGAAACAACCCUUACUGAGGCACCUAUAUUAUAUAUAAACCCAUCAAUUCGUCACGAAAUAACAGUCAAUGACCGGGGGGAACAUGGACCUCUCGAGAUGUUCGUAGACAAUCGAGUUGUGAUUUCCUACGAGAUGCCACACAAAGGUAGAAAAGAUUCAACACAAUUAAGCUUAUCUUUAAGGCUUGUACUUGCUCUGACAGACAGAGGUCGCUUCGGGAUCGAAGUGAGAAGGGGCAGCGCUCUAUUCGAUGGUUUCGCAAUCGAGCGGUAG